GAUGACCCGUGGUGCACCAUGUCAGACUCACCACAGCAUACUCAUCACUUCCAGUCCAUAAUCAACGCUGCAGUUUCGGCCUCCAUGGAAAAGGCCAUUUCAAAGAUACUGACGCACCUUCCUCCAGAAAAUCCCACCCAACCAAUAGGGAUGACAGCCCAAGACACAGAGGAUAUUGUGGGCCCGGAAGCGUCUGUCAAGGACCUACCGCCUUUGCCCAAAUGA